UUAGGCUACUUGAUAUCUUCUGGUUGAGUUCAGCGGGUUCAUUGUCUCAGAGGAGGCGACGAGAGGAACACUGGUAACACUGACCUAGAAACAUGUGCUUGUGAGCAGGUCUCACAUGAGGACUGAAACCAAAUCCGUUUGUGGCUCGUAGGAUAGACGAGGAAUGCAGACUACACGUUCGCAUUAGGAAAACUUCUCAUUUCGAAACCUACUUGAAUCCCAAUGGAUGAGAGUAAUGUCUUCAUUUAUUACGCAGCGCAAACUGUAAGUACGUGAUUAAAUUGGUUUUGUUGGCCGUGAGCUCGCUCUUUUUGCUCGCAUCACACUCUCGAAGAGAGACGGGCCCGCGCCUGGGAGCUGUCCCAGGCAACAUGGUGCUGAAACCGCAGCGAGAGCGAGCAUCCUCCGGCUUUACUGAUAAUCAUCAUAAACAACUCGUGUUAGAACUGCACAACGCCUAUCGUCGCAUGAACCGCAACGCUUUGGAUUACCACGCAGGAGCCACUUCAGUAUUUUGAUUAAAAGGAAAGGCACUAGAUGUGACAAAAAAACGACGGACUGUGGAUGGCAAAAACAUUUCCUCUUCGUCGACAGCGAAUCUGCUUCUUUUCAGGACUGAUUUUCGAGAGACAUGUCUGACAUUACACGGGACAGUGAUCGAAACUGCCUUGGGAUUUCUGCAACAAGGGCUGGGUGUUUAAGGAGAUAGGCUGCCUGUACUAACAAGACGUUGGGCAUCUUAUAUAUUUCAGAAAGCGACUUGUGCGGGAUGCAUUUGUAAACGGUCGGUCCUGAAACAUGAGAUGAACGUCAAGGACAAUUCGCUGGCUAAUUGGAAAGAUUUGUGGCUGGAUUCCGUUUUACGCAAGACACUUUGCGUUCACAUUAACACAAUUUCACGGUAGUCAGCUAUUCGCAUCGCUUUUGGUAGAUGGUUAAUGAUCGUGGAAAAUAUGAAUUGUAGAACAGAAAUUGAUAUUGCAUGGCUGGUCCACUGUGUGUGUGUAUCGUAGACUUCUAGUUGUUUAAUUAUAAGGAAAACCAAGGCUGCCAUUUGUUUGGCUCUGCUGACGAAUAUCCUGCAUUUCUGUUUUCCCCCUUUGAUGAAUACAUGCCACUACCUCAGGAGCUCUUUGUCAGAGGCUGUUCGCGGGAAUCCCCGACAUUUUUCCAUUCAAAUCGGUCUACAUGUCCGCGGGUUCAUGUAAAAAUGUUCGAGUCUCUGUGGAUAUAAGGCCAUUUGUUGUAGGUAACAGCUCUAAAAUCCCACUAAACUGUUUUGUCAGGUAACCUAAAAUGUGCUUUACGUGGUAACAUCUUCAUGAAUUGGUUUUAUCCAAGUAAAAGAUCAUUUAAUAUGUCUGAAUCAACAUUAGGUUACCAAGAGGUUUAUUAAACAUCUCCUUAAGGUAACAACUGCACGUUACCACUUUUGACAGCUACUAUUACAUGUGCGUACAAUCGUCAGCUUCUCAGUGGAACGCUAGCGCGAGGAAUCGCUCGUUGGUGCAUCUGAUGUAGCUCUCAGAAUAACUGUUGAAAAUAAACACAUUCUCUAUGUCCAAACGGUCACUUGGGGUGAGGGUGAGUAGAAAGCGGUGUUGCUCACGAGACUGAACAGGCUGCACAGGUGUUUCUUCCUCGUUGGAAACCAAACAGUAAGUUCUGUUAUGUGACCUGCUGGAGUCCAGUAACAGAUAGCCUUAGCUUUAUAAGCCGUUUAAAAACAUAGACCGCCUUUCCAUUAUUCAUAAGACGGGCACAUGUUGUUGGCUAUCGGUGUCAUUGUAUGGUGUUGGGGAUUGUUGAGUCGCAGACCGAUGCUGCGCCGCCAGGGCAAGCAGAAAGGCCGCUGUUGCGUCUUGUUCAGUGACCUGAAGGUUUUCCUACUCAGGCCACCGGCACCGUCGGCAUCGCCACCUGCCUUCACACCCAUGAACGAACUAAACGCGGAGGGCAAUGCGACGAGCAGCGCCACGGAGAGCCACUCUUUAGCCAACGGACAUUAUCAGCCGGUAACAGGUGAGGCUUUGGACACACGAGGGCCCGAAGACUGGACACAUACCGCGGUGGAUCCGCCGAGUACGCUGGACUGUUGCAGCUCAUCUGAGGAUUGCUCUAAGGAGAAGCUGGACGAGAGGUUAUCUCUGAAUAGCUGUACUGACAGUGGAGUCAGGACUCCGUUGUGUCGGAUCUGUUUUCAGGGCCCAGAGCAGGGGGAGCUGCUGAGCCCAUGUCGCUGUAGUGGUUCUGUUCGCUGCACUCAUGAGCCCUGUCUUAUAAAGUGGAUUAGUGAGAGAGGAUCCUGGAGCUGCGAACUCUGCUACUACAAAUACCAGGUCAUCGCCAUCAGCACCAAGAACCCGCUUCAGUGGCAGGCCAUCUCUUUGACAGUGAUAGAGAAAGUACAGAUAGCUGCAGCUGUUCUGGGUUCCCUGUUCCUGAUAGCCAGUAUCUCCUGGCUGGUGUGGUCCUCCCUCAGCCCCUCGGCCAAGUGGCAACGGCAGGACCUGCUCUUCCAGAUCUGUUAUGCCAUGUACGGCUUCAUGGACCUGGUUUGCAUUGCUCUGAUUGUCCACGAGGGUCCCUCCGUAUUUCGCAUCUUUAACCGCUGGCAGGCUGUUAAUCAACAGUGGAAAGUCUUAAACUACGACAAGGUCAAAGACAAUGAGGAGCACCAGAAGACCGGUACCACAUUCCGGACCUUCUCUCUGCCGCUGACGCACCGCAUGGGGCCGACCGGUACGGAAGGCGAAGCCUCCACCUCCACGUCCUCCCUCAUGGCUGCAGCUGCAGCAGCCGCGGCGGGCACCGUAACCCCCACUACAAACUCCGUCCCAUUGGCAGCAGGUGCCACGACAGAGCCGCAGGACUCGUCUGAGCCCAGCAAUGGACAGCCCUCGCUGCCAGACCACCACUGUGCUUACAACAUCCUUCAUCUCCUCAGCCACCACCUGAGGCCCCAGGAGCCACGCGGACAGACCAGCAACAGCAACCGCGAACUGGUCAUGAGAGUUACUACAGUGUGAGGCCUAGUUUACGGUUGAAUCUCUGCAUGCGACGUAUUUAUAGGAAGGAUUCACUGAGGAGAAUUAAACUGUGUUUCCUGAGGACCCAGUGCAGUGCUGUCCGAGUUUAAGCAGUUUUGUUUUUCUAUUUUUUACAGUAUUGAAUAAAACAAGAAAGCAGUUUCUCUCGCAGUGGCUACAGAAAAGAUUAUGGCCAUAAAGCUGCAUACUAGAAAUGCGAGCCACUGAGAAGGGUCAAAGGUCAGUGAA